AUGGGUGCAAUGACAGGUGCAUUGCCCAACUACGGCGCACACGACAACACUCCGAUGAACCCGCAAGUACCACGCUCCCUGUCGGGCGCAUCCACCUCAGCUGUGGCAUACCAGCUUGGGCAGAACCUGCAAAUGCCCGGUAACAUGUCCGCUCAUGCUUCCUAUGGACCUGGAUUCGCUACAAGUCUCCCCCAACAACACUUCAUGUCUCAACAAGGCUCACAGUACAACGCCUAUCCUUCUUACCCGACAAAUCAGCCUCGUUUAGCAGGCGUGGCGCCGAUGCAGUCGCCCUACCAAAACUAUCAGCAGGCUUCACAGUACAUGUAUUAUCCGGCACCAUACGGACAACAGGGGCAAUUCAAUCCUGGAUUUGGUGCUCAGGGCCAAAUGUACGAAAGGAAAGCCGGCUCGACGAACACGGGUAUGCAAGGCCAUGUUGCGGAUUAUUCGCAUGGUGAUGGUGGCUUCCCUGGUGUUCGAAUGGCCACUGGAAACUACAUGGGCGACUCAAGCUCAAUCAUGUCUCCAUACGGCGUACAGUUUGCGCAGUCUUCCGGCAUGCCUCGUCCUGGGCCCGUGAGCUCCAUACCUCGUGGACCGCCUCGCAAACCCAAACAAUCUGGACACGCACUUUGGGUUGGUAACCUCCCACCUGGGACUACGAUAGUCGCCCUGAAGGAUCACUUCUCCCGCGACGCUACCAAGGACAUUGAAAGUCUGUUCUUGAUUUCCAAGAGCAACUGUGCGUUCGUCAACUACCGCACAGAAGCAUCUUGCACAGCCGCAAUGCACAGGUUCCACGACUCGCGCUUCAGCGGCGUACGUUUAGUCUGCCGCCUUCGACGCAGCUCUGCUCCGGCAUCAGGUGUACCCACGGCGCCUUCGGCCAUGAUAGGCCAGCAGAAGAAUGCUUCUCGAGCAACGACUCCGACACCAGACAAUUUCACCGAUGCUCCCACCGAAGACGCAGUUGACUCGCCAUCGCACAAAAGUGUUGAAGAUCUUAAAUUAUCUGUGGACACUGCCACCAAAUACUUCAUCGUGAAAAGCCUCACGCUACAAGACCUAGAGCUCAGUGUACGGAACGGUAUUUGGGCCACACAGUCUCAUAACGAAGAUGUCCUGAACAAGGCUUUCCAGUCUGCUGAAAAUGUCUACCUCAUCUUCUCCGCGAACAAGUCGGGCGAGUACUUCGGCUACGCACGCAUGGCGUCACAAAUUCUUGAAGAUGGGUCUCCCACGAUAGGCUCGGCCCCCAAGCCCGAGGCCACCCUAGACGCGACGGAUGUGCCAAAGGCGAUCGCUACUCCGGCAACGGAAUGGGCGCCGCGAGGAAGGAUCAUUGACGACUCUGCGCGCGGCACAAUCUUCUGGGAGGCAGAGCUACCCGAAACAGACGGCGAAGAAGAAGCACAGAACAAUGACGACAAGACUGAGAGAGACGAUGCGCCGCAACAAAUUGAAGCCGACACCUCAGCCGUUCCGCAGAGCUGGGGCAAGCCUUUCAAGAUCGAGUGGGUCUCGACGAACCGCCUACCAUUUUACCGCACCCGUGGCCUCCGCAACCCAUGGAAUGCGAAUCGCGAAGUCAAGAUUGCGAGAGAUGGCACAGAACUCGAACCCAGUGUUGGAGAGCGCCUGGUCCAGAUGUUCCAUCGAAUGGGACCGUCGGCUGCCGGUGCACCGGUAAUGCCGCCCGGUGUAGCCACCGGCAUGAUGAUGCCCCAGAUGCGAACAUUCUAG